AUGCGCCUUCAAACCCUUAUCCAAUUCAUCCUCCCGGCAGUCCUCGCCUCCGAUCCCUCUCUCGGCUCCACCCUUAACAUAACCGUGCUCGGCGCCCGGCACAAUCGCUCCACCCUAGAGUGCUGGGCUCUCCAUUCGGGAUUUGAAACUUCCCUUACACCCGGGCAGACCGGAAGCGCCGCACUGGAUUUGGGGAAUAUCGGCGGGAACGCGUCAUUUACAGUGUUGCCAGCUGGGUUUGAUGGGGGUAGACAUAACGCGCCUGCUUUGCAAUGGGUGGUCUUUCUCUCCGGCUUAGCGCAUAUCACGCUUCCUGACUCGACGACCGAGGCCUGGAUUGAAGGUGGCAGAAAUGGAGUCAUACUAGCUCUCGACACCGCUGAUGUCAGUGCAUUGGGUCACUUCACUACCUAUCCCUCGCGGGACCGAACGACAUCUGUGGUGAUCCCCCUCGAGAAAGGGGUGCCGAGUCAUCGGGUCCUACAUGACGGUCCCUGUCAGGGGGAGGAGUUGCUGGUAUAA